AUGGUUUCGUGGAGCGAUACCAGCGAGGAAUCGGGCUACGAGUACUCUUCAGGUGGCUCCCCUAUCAAGAUCCCGGCUACAAUUAAGGACCCGAACUACUCUGGUGUUUAUGAUGAGGUGAUGGUGAUGUGUGAGCAUGGCCAGCCGAUGAAGAGGCAUGUGUGCUUCGAAGGGAUUAGCACUGGGAGGAGGUUCAUUGCCUGUGGACUUGAUGAAGCAAGCAGUUGUGGUGUUGUUCAGUGGGACAAUAUUCCCAAGGAAAAUGAAGUCCAACAAGGUGAACAUGAGGACAUCACUCCUACUUUGGACAACAAAAUGUCAGUUUUGAAGGAACGGCUGGGUGCAAUGGAUGCUGAGAACAAAGAACUGCAUCAAAAGGUUGACCAGUUGAAGAGCAUUCAUGUUGCCCCAGGUAAUGUGAUUAGGAAUCUGAAGUUUGCUCAUUUGAAGGAGAAGGAAAAGUUGAGCACUGAGAGGAGGAAUUUGGAGUUUCACAUUACUGAUCUUGUGAAAGCUAGUGACAAGAACAAGAGAAAGCUGAAGGACAUCAAGGAUAUUUGUGAUGAAGAAUGA